UCAAAGAGUACCAAGAACAGUGACGGAAGCUGCUUCAGAUAUACUUGAGAUAACAUUUAAUGAGACUAGUACUAAUGCUUCCUUUAAUAUACCAGUUACAUUGGAGUGUACUGGUGAAGCUCCUGAGAAUGUUACAGUUACUAUACACUGCAAUGGAACUGGUGUUGUUGUAUAUGAUGAUACUACAGAAGUGGAGAAAGCUAAUCAACCAAUGAAUAUAACAGGAUCAGUACCAGUACUACUAAACCAACAGUGUAACAUCAGUAUUAUAUUUAGUAAUGAGGCUGGUAGUAGUGAACCAUUUAUACUAGCAUUUAACACUACUCACACUAUUCCUACAAUCAACCCUACAUCAUCACCUACUGGUGCUGAAGAAACAACUACUUUAUCUCCUGAUCCAAUAUUAUUCACACCAGAAAUUAUUGGAGCUAUUGUUGGCAUUGCUGUGCUGCUGAUAAUACUGAUAAUAGUGAUAGUGGUGGUGGUUAAAUGUUAUAAGAAGGCUAAUGAUGAUGAUGUAAAAAAGAAAAAUCAGGAAAUAUAUUCUGAUGAAAAUAAUGGAAUUGCACUUGAGACUGUUAACAUCAACAAAAAUGAAUCAGAAGUAAAUACUGAGCAUAUUGAAACUAAUAUUGGCAACUCACUUCAAAUAACUCAAACAACUGUUGUUGAACUUCAUGCUAAAGAUGAUGAUACUUCAAUGCCAUAUGAUACUGCUCCUGUUGAAGCUAGUGCUGAUACACCUGAAGGUAGUGAAAUGAUAGCAACACAAGUGAAUAAAAAUAAGAAACAACCAAGACCAUCCACAAACAAAAAAGAAACUACUACUACUGAAGCUAUUGGAGGAGGAGCUACUAAAGAGCCGAUAUAUUCAGAAUUAGGAGCAGCACCUGCAGCUGGUACUAGAUCUUUUGCAAAAACUGAAGCAUCAUCAGUUGAAUAUGCUGAUAUUGAUAAAAUUGUACCAAAAUCUAAAGCCACUACUCAACCACAGUCUUAUGAUGAUGUGGUAGUAUCUGCUAGUGGUACUACUGUAAUUGGAGCUACUGGAGGAGAUACUAAUCCACCACCAAUACCUGAUAAGAAAAGUAAAGGAGCUGCUACUACUGGACAAGAAGGUACCAAUGGGGAAACUGAUGCUGCAAGGAAUUUACCUCAUCAUGUUAACGAUGAUUCACAUUUUCCCUCUCCUCCUCCUCCUCCCCGUCCUCCUCAUCCUCAUCCUCCUCGUCCUCCUCCCCCUCCUCCCCAUUCUCCUCCUCCUGGGAGUGGGGAAGGAGGAGUUCAACCUGAUGAUAUAAUAACAUUUGUCACACCCUCUGUAAACUUCAUUGGGGACAUACCACAUGGCGACUGGAGAUGUCUUACCUUAAAUACUCCAAACACUCAAGUUGAUUGGUUACAUAAUGGCACUGUCAUUAGUAAUGGGACUGUAUCAACACUCAAUGAAUUAGAGUGGACUCCAUUGCAUGAUGUAAGUCAGACUGGUAUCUAUACUUGUCGUGUGACUACAAGUGAUGGGACUAACUGUGGAAAUAAAUCUGUUUCGUUAUAUGUGAUUGGUAAGUUAAAAUGA